AGUGACUCAGCGCUGAGCCAAUGGGAUAAGAGUGAGGGGACGGCGGGCGGAGACCGGAAGUGUUAAUGAAGGGAGAGGAAGAGGAAGGGGACGGAGCGGAAGAGGAAGAGCAGCGAUGGCGUGGUUGCGGGUCGGGGCCCUCAGCGGCUCUGUAGCCGUGGCGGCUGCGGCCUACGGGGCCCACGGGUUCCGCCGCAGUGAUCGCGAUGAUUACCAGAAGGAGAUCUUCGAGACGGCCAAUCGGUACCACAUCCUGCACAGCUUGGUGCUGCUCAGCGUCCCCCGCUGCCGCCGGCCCGGAGUGGCCGGAGCGCUGCUGAGCGCGGGGAUGACGCUGUUCUGUGGUCCCUUCUAUUACUUCGCCGUCACCGGGGAUCCGUCGCUGAACCGCGCGGCGCCCGUGGGCGGAACGCUGCUCAUCCUGGGCUGGGCCGCCAUGGCGCUCUGAGCGGCGUCGCCCAUUUAAGACCGCGGCGUUUCCCCUUUAAGAGCCGCGGCGGCGUCCCUAUAACAACCGCCUCUUUUAGGACGGGGCAUCGCCCUUUUAAGAACUGCAGCGUUGCCCCUUUAAGGCACGGCCCCGCCAUUCCUAUUGGCUGAGCGCUCCGCCAAUCAGCGUGGAAAGCUCGAGUGGAGGCCGCAGCCAAUCGGUGCGCGGGGGCGUGGCUUCAGCGCAACAUGCGGACGUCACCGCGCUGUUGCUGGGUGACAGCGAAUGGGGGACGAGCACUCAGCCUUAUCCCGCCCCCUCGCCGUGAUUGGCUACGGGCGGCAGAAGGAGGGAGUGAAGAGCAGCCUGUGAUUGGCUGCGUCAUAGCCCGCCCCCCCGAAUGAAUCAACCAAUAAACGAUGGAGUUUCAGCAGCCUCCCA